AUGACCCCCCCUACGGCGAACAACCCAUGGAAGGCGCUCCAGCCUCACGAUGCCCAGAGAUUCGGCGACGUAAUCAUGGACCCCAAAGAGCAAGCGCGCUGGAGCGCAGCAGUAAUGCUUGGGGGCCUCCCUCAUAUGUGGGAGGAGGCUUCGCAAAUCAAAGACAUCCUCUACGGCCACUUGGCGCUCUCAAAUGCGAAGCGGGUGCUUCUAAUCGGAGAGUCGAAUGAAAGCUGCUUCAUGGAGGAUCUUCGAGCCAGGGUUCCUGCUGAUGCCGAAAUUGAAUCUAUCGAUUUGAUCGAGCGCGCAAGAAACAUGUGCCUUAGCGGACAGAGCGGAAAGAAUGGCAGCCUCGGCACCUGGCGCUGGGACUAUGUCGAUGACAAACCGGACAACUAUUACGACGUCAUCGUGAUCCUGCAGGGAGUACAGCACACGGAAGACUGGGCAGAGACUGCAAAGCACCUGGUUCGUGUCUUGAAGCCCGGUUGCUAUUUUGUGACGGGAGAGAUUUGCUUCGGACCGCCAUUUUUCGAAAAGGUCCAUGCGGAUGUCCAUGUCCAAUAUCUGGUUGACAAAAUCUUCACUGGUAUGGAUACGGACUACCACAACCUGUCCUACUGGAGCAUCGACGAUCUUAGACGUGCUUUUGGCAAAACCCUCAUCGAGCAGGGUUGGCUGGUGGAUCGUGGCUUUAAAGCCUUUUGGGGACGUAAGCCGUCUACACCGAGCACAUGA